AUGACCCUCUUGCUCGCCCUCCUACUCUGUGCGGUCUUUACUCUGGCCAUUCGCCACUUCCACCAAGGGCUCUUCAAAGCUGCCUUUCUAUUGACGGGACAAGUUCAAGAACCUCCUAAAAGUUAUCAAAUCCAUGAAACCCCUUCCCCAAAGGCUCCGUCGUUCUCUUUGCCAGGAGAGCCAGCGCCGAAGACGCCAAUAUCAACGGAAACAAUAGUUACGCUUUUGGUCCCAUUAGCCCGGUCGCCGCUAUCCCAAAUUGUAAAAGAAAUCAAAUACGGCGCAUCAGCAUCAAAUAAAUCUGAAAAGCCUAUAGUUUAUCGCUAUACGUCGGGAAAUCCUCGCCAUAUGUGUGGAAACUCCUGCUUACCGCCUACGGUAACCGGGCCUCUGCCAUCAAAGUGUACACACCCAAAUCAUAUACGACAUGCCCCCGAAGGGGAUGAAUUUGAAUUGGUCUCUAUCAAUGACGGGCUCGGCCGCUUCGACACCAUUCCCAUGAUGGGUGUCCUAGAUCAAUGGGAACAAGACCGCCUCCUCUGCCCUGAUUCGAUCAUCAGCUGCCAUACCAAUAACGUUCUUAGCACGCUGGCAGUCCAGUCCUCCUGUUACUCUUAUGAACAGGUGCUUUACGGCAACGUUAUUGCUUGCAUGCUAGAAAUAUUCGAGAUUCAUGCCCCCAAAAUGUUGCGCAACAAGAAAAAGAUUGAUGGUUCAUACUAUUACCACCUCUGCGAGAUGUUAAGAGAGCCCGGAAACCAAGCAGCAGUAGCCACAUUUAUGAUAACGGUAUCACUGGGGAAGCGUCCUGAAAUGCUUGCAACAAAGAAUCCUUGGGGGGAGUGUAUGAAGCCGGCUCUUCUGAGUCUAUGGAGUAUUUUCCAUGAUCUUAUAGAAAUCACCGACAAAGAGCUUGAAGAAACAAUUGAAAGUUGGGCUCGGACUGCGAAAGAGUGGUCACUGGCUAUGAUAUACCUGAAGAUGGCCCACAAACGCUUAUGGCAAGAGAGUCCGUUGUAUCUAACGGGCCCAGAUAUAUACGAUUCGAAAAGCGAUGGCGAGAAAGCACAAGCCUACACUCAAAAAUGUCUCCGAGCAGGCAGCGACCAGACUGCCCUUGCGUGCCAGUCUUUAGCCCGUUUGCGGCAGGAUGUUCUUGGCAUCCAUAGGCAACUUGACUGUAAAAUGAACGAUCCAAAGGCACUCAAAAAGAUGACGCCAUACGAUAUUGACCUACUAAGGUUAUAUACAGCAGCACUUGGCCAGUUGUGCACAACAGGAAACAUGGUGAAUGCAUUAGUAGCGUGGAGGAACCAAAGGCACGAUGGGAUGACGAAGGUUCGGGCACUAGCUAUUGAAAGGAAAGGUCGGGAUUUUACGAUGCAAGAGCUAGCUGGAGGGAUGGAAAGCGGUAACGAACAGGAGCAAUCGGACUCGGAAUCAUCAAGUACGUCUAUUAUUUCAAACGUCUCAAAUGUUUCGAGCGCCACCUCUGCAUCUGAUAUCAAGAACCCCACUCUGGGCAAUGAGAGACCGAAUUCCGGCCAGAUGGCUCCUUCAGAAAUCUCUUUGACUUUUGAUCCGUUGGUUGCUUCUGAACUUAUGGAGACCUCAGCUGAGAGGGUGGGAUAA